CACGUCCACUCAUUCGACUCCCACCUGCGCGGACCAUCGUUCGUCAUGGAACCACCCUCUCGUCUGGAAUUCUCCAAUUCGAGCGGCGGUUGGCUGGACUGUUCGGCCAGUGGCAGUCCACAGCCUCAAGUAGACUGGCUGGGAGCGGACGGCCAACCUGCGGGUGACGUCCCUGGAGUACGAAGGGUGCUGAGGAACGGAACCCUGUACCUGAUGCCGUUUCCUGCGCACGCGUAUAGGCAGGACGUACACAGCACCAUCUACAGGUGUAUGGCCAGUAAUAGCGUGGGCAGGGUGCUCAGCAGGGACGUACAAGUUAGAGCUGUGGUGACGCAAUCCUACAAAGUUGACGUGGAAGUGAUUGGAGCAGCAAGAGGAUGCACAGCUGUGCUCAAAUGUAUAGUGCCAAACUUCGUUAAGGAUCUAGUUAGAAUAAUGUCCUGGGUACAAGAGCCUUCUUUCUACAUAUAUCCCUCACUACAAGGAGAUGGAAAAUUUCAUCAACUGCCCUCAGGAGAGUUGCUGAUACACAACUUGGAGUUCAGCGAUCAGUUUCCAACGUAUCGUUGUAGAACGAUGCAUCGACUCAGCAGAAACAUCGUUGUCAGUAGUCCAGCGAAUGUCAGAAUUACAGAGCAUCGGGGGAUCGUAGCACCUGUCAUAGUCGAACACUCUGGUGCUGUCACAGUUGCUCAGGAUGAAGGGGCAGCGAUGAUUUGCAUAGCUCAGGGGUGCCCUUCACCUGAAUAUAGAUGGUACAAUCAUGCUGGCUUGGAGCCAAGCCUCAUUAUGCCAGGGCCAAGAGUCAGGCAGCUGGGACCUGUGCUGGCCAUCGAAGCCGUCACACCCGAGGAUGGUGGUGUGUAUCGAUGUUCAGCAUCUAACGCUGGCGGAGAAACAAGUGCGGAAAUGCGACUGGCGGUAUCAACACCUCUACAUGUAGAAAUAUCACCACCGCUAUUGAGUGUACAUAUGGGAGGAAGUGCAGAAUUCAGGUGUGUAGUGUCUGCACAAACAGGGGGACCGCAUCUAGUAACAUGGUUCAAAGAUGGCAGACAGCUACCAAGUACGGGACGUGGUUCCAGUGAGACUUUGGUGGUGAACAACGUUGGAAGAGAAGACAGGGGCAUGUAUCAGUGCAUUGUGAGAAGGGUUGAAGGUGAUACGGCUCAAGCAGCAGCUGAGUUGCAACUGGGAGAUGCACCUCCAGUAUUGCUGUAUAGUUUCAUUGAGCAAACGUUACAGCCUGGUCCAGCGGUUUCACUUAAGUGCAGUGCUUCAGGAAAUCCAACACCACAAAUCUCGUGGACACUGGACGGAUUUCCUUUACCUAGUCAUGGAAGGUUUGUGAUCGGCCAGUAUGUAACCGUCCACGGUGACGUCAUCAGCCACGUCAACAUCAGUCACGUGAUGGUAGAAGAUGGUGGAGAAUAUACCUGCACAGCAGAGAAUAGAGCUGGGAAGACAUCACACUCCGCCAGAUUAAACAUAUAUGGUAUGCCUUAUAUCAGGCUAAUACCGAAAGUGACAGCUGUAGCAGGAGAGACACUUAGACUGAAGUGUCCCGUAGCGGGUUAUCCUAUAGAAGAGAUCCAUUGGGAGAGGGGUGGCAGUGAAUUACCAGUAGAUCUCCGACAAAAAGUUCAAGCUGAUGGUACAUUGAUUAUACAUCCGGUGGAAAAGAAAGCAGAUUCGGGCGUAUACACAUGCUGGGCAAGAAACAAACAAGGACAUAGUGCAAGAAGAAGUGGGGAAGUCAACGUCAUAGUUCCCCCUGUAAUUGAGCCCUUUUCCUUCCAAGACGGACUAUCGGAGGGCAUGCGAACCCGUACCGUAUGCGGUGUGAGUAAAGGGGAUCCACCACUAGUGGUCUCCUGGCUCAAGGACGGGCAACCAUUGACCCCGAACCUUGGUGUCAACGUUUCGGCCCUUGAUCCCUACUCUAGCCUCCUCAGCAUUUCUAGCCUUGAUUCGAGACACUCCGGCGAUUUUACCUGCGUCGCCAGCAAUCCUGCCUCUGAGGUCAGGUACACGGCGAAGCUACAGGUCAAAGUACCACCACGAUGGCUCGUGGAACCAGUCGAUGUCAGCGUUGAGAGAAACAAACAUGUCGCACUACAUUGCCAAGCGCAAGGAGUACCUACCCCAGUCGUUACAUGGAAAAAAGCAACAGCCAGCAAAUCGGGCGAUUAUGAGGAAAUCCGCGACCAUAUGUACACAAAACUACUUGGCAACGGUACUUUACUACUUCAGCACGUGAAAGAAGAUCGUGAAGGGUACUACUUAUGCCAGGCAGAUAACGGCAUUGGUACUGGCAUCGGAAAAGUCAUACAGCUCAGGGUAAAUUCGUCUCCAUACUUCUCAGCGCCAUCACGCUUAGUAACUGUAAAGAAAGGAGAUACUGCACUUCUGCAUUGUGAUGUGAACGGUGACAAACCAAUCAAUGUGAUCUGGUCAAAGGGUGAUAAGACUGAACUGAAUCCGUCGACGAACUACAGGGUUAACGUGAAGCAAGAUGUCACUCCUGAUGGUGUUGCUGCGGAGCUUCAAAUCCUGAACGCUGACGCGUCAGACAGUGGCGCUUAUUUUUGUAGAGCGAGCAACAUGUAUGGCCAGGAAAAGCAGCUGGUGCAACUACUGGUCCAAGAACCUCCACCCCCACCACAUGCCUUGGAAGCAGCGAUGGUAGGAAGUCGAAGUGUCAAUUUGAAAUGGCAGCAUAACAACGCAGGUGACACGGACGAGGUUUUCAAAUUCAUCGUUGAGUACAGAGAGCUGGACAGUAAGUACAAUGAGCAGUGGCACCAAAUUGAGCUGACUGAUACUCCACUCCAGUAUGCCGCACUGAUAGAAGACUUAAAACCAGCUACAAAAUACGUAUUUCGAGUGUCAGCAGAAGGUGCGGCUGGACGUAGCGCAGCCAGUGACGAGUUGAUUGUCAGGACAGAACCUCAAAGGCCUGCUGGACCUCCUCUGCAGGUUUCCGCUAGGGCGAUAUCCAGUACGGAGGUACUGGUCACGUGGAUGCCUCCGGUACCAGAACUGAGAAAUGGAGAAAUACAGGGCUUCAACGUAGGUUACCGCACUGCCUCCCAAAUCGCCUACAAUUUCACCUCCGUAACUGGUGAUGGGGAAGAUGGCGGUGAAGCUUUGCUGUCUGGUCUCGCCAAGUACACCAGAUAUCGAUCGUUGUGCAAGCGUUCAAUGAAGUUGGAGCUGGUCCACUGUCAGACAGCGUCAAUGUCCAAACAAUGGAAGACGUUCCCAGCAUGCCACCACAAGAUGUGA